UGGAUUAAUUAAUUAAUUAUUGUGUCGAUGUGUUUCCACAGUAUAUCGAUGAGUGUUAUGGACUAAUCAUCUUCGAUUCAAGAUUAUAUAGCUGAUGCCAUUCCUUCUCUUAGCCCACAUUCUAAGCUUUUCCUGUCCACACUUGGCUUUAUUGAAUCUUGAGUGGAGAGAAUCGAAAUUAGAUUGAGAAAUGGGGAGGGUUUUUGUGCUGAAUCUUGAAGGGAAGGUCUACAGCUGCAAGUACUGUGGGACCCACCUCGCUGUGAGUGAGGACAUCGUCUCCAAGUCUUUCCAAUCCAAGCAUGGGAAGGCUUACCUCUUCAACAAGGUAUCUAACGUGACUCUCGGGGAGAAAGAAGAGAGGCUGAUGAUGACUGGAGCUCACACCGUUGCUGAUCUAUACUGCGUCCAGUGUGGUUCGAUUGUUGGGUGGAAAUAUGAAAUGGCGCACGAGAAGAGUCAAAAGUACAAGGAAGGAAAAUCUGUUCUGGAGCGGUUCAAGAUGUCUGGUCCAGAUGGCAGCAAUUAUUGGGGGAACCACGAGGCACAUGCCGUUGGGGGCAGUGACACGGACGACGUCUGAUUCGAAUCUUGAUUCAAAUCUAUGGCUCACAAUUGUAUAUAUUUUAGCCCUCCCAAGAUUUGUGAUUCUUGAAAUGCUAGAAAUUCCUCAUUUUGAAGCUUUCCAUGGAGUAUCAUAUAUUGGUGUCUAAAGACUUUGUUGUGUACAUAUUUUACUUGAAACAAUUUCAACAUUGUUCUUCAUUCCCUACUUCGACAAGUAUUUGCAAUUUAUGGCAUGAGAUUUUCUAAUUUUCUA